AUGCGCACUUAUGCUCCGUACAUCACCUUCCCAGUGGCCCUCGUGGUCGGAGCAGUGGGCUACCAUCUUGAGUGGUUUCUGUCUGAAACACCGAAAUCCCGUGAAGAGAAGAGCAUUUUUGAACUGCGAGAAGAGCGAAAGCUUCAAGAGCAAAUGGGUAAAGACGGCACCCAAGUAUUGAGCCUCAAGGACAAACUGGAGUUCACCCCAAAAGCAGCUUUGAAUAAAAACCGACCCGAGGAGAGCUAG